AUGGCAGUGGCGGUGGCCGCGCCGGUGGUGAUCGGGCCAGAUGCAGAGGUGGGAAGCGGCGGGGACGGGGGCGAUGCGCAAUUGGAGGUGCCGCCGGUCGAGGUCGUCAGGAAGGGGGCACCGCUGGUGGAGGGGAUACCGGUGGCGGUCACCGCCGGAGGGCACGAUACGGAGAAGGAAGUGAAGGGAGAGAAGGGGGUGAACCCGGUGAAGUGGCUGGGGCUUUACUCCUCUGCGCAGACCAUUCUCAUCGUCGGCGACGGAGACUUCUCCUUCUCGCUGGCGAUCGCCACCGCAUUCGGCUCCGGCGCCAACCUCGUCGCGACGUCCCUCGACACCUAUGGACUACCCUGGUCUCAGAUCCUGGGUCCGCCACUGGUUCUGAAGCGUAAGUACAGCAAAGCAGAGUCAAAUAUUACGGAGCUGAAAAGAUUGGGCACCACGGUUUUGCAUGCUGUUGAUGCGAAAAACAUGAUGUUUCACACUGACUUGAAGAACAGACGAUUUGAUAGUAUUGUCUUUAAUUUUCCUCAUGGUGGCUUCAAAGGAAAAGAGGACGACUUGCAUAUGAUCAACUCGCACAAGGAGUUGGUGUUGGGUUUUUUCCGCAAUGCACACCACCUUGUUCGGCCACUUGGUGAAGUCCAUGUUACCCACAAGACCGGGGAACCGUACGACAGUUGGGAUCUUAAGCACCUGGCCACUGAUUCUUCUCUUACCAUGGUUGACAAAGUUCCUUUUCGAAAGGAAGACUACCCAGGUUAUAACCAAAAGAGAGGAGACAGUAAGAGGUCUGACGAACCUUUUGAUCUUGGUGCAUGUUGCACAUUCAGGUUCCGAAUCUGGAACUUGAAGGAGCUGAAGCAAAUGAAUAGGAAGAGGUCUGGUUUAAUCCCAAACAUUGGAGGCAGCAACGUUCAUCCAGGCCAUUGGGUAACUGACAGGGGGCCAUUUCAUCUAGUUGCACCUGUUGAAGCAUGGCCUUGGCAUCAUUUUCCUCCGCCAGCUCACACAGGCCGCAUGCUGAUGCCUCCGCAGCCGUACAUAGUUGAUCAAUGGCAACAACCAGGCUUUCCACUGAACUCUAAUGGCAUGGCGGCUGGACCUUAUUUGCAUAAACAGGAGAGUUGCCAUCCAAUGGUGAGCAUGCCAGGCCCAUGGUUGAAUGAUUUGCCCGCUCAAGGUGGCAUUCCUCCACCUCUACCAAUGGGCAGAAUCCCAUUUCCUGAUCUCCUUGCACCUCGGGAGCAGCCUUGGUAUCAGCAGAGAACUAUUCCUGGUCAGCUAGGAGUCGAUAACUACUUCUUUGCCCGGGAACACCAAAUGAGUCUGCAGAGGGAGUAUGAAAUCCAGAGGCAAGUCAUUCCCAGAGCAACCGGCUUGACCCGUAACGCCUUCUUGGAACAUCCCCACAGGGACAGGGAGUCUGUUGAGAGGCUAGAGUGGCUGCACAGGAUGAUUGAAUUGUAUGGUAGGAAGUGA